AUGAUAGCAGCUAUCAAAAGGGUAGGAAAGGUUAACGUUGGUCACACAAUUCGUCCCAUUUCUUGGGAACAACAAAAACACGUCCUUUUAAAGUCAUUGUCAUUUAAUUUACUUUUAGGAGGUGUUGAGAAGUUUCAAGAAGAAGUAGAUCAGCUAUCUCACCAACUGGACGAGGAGUUGGUAACCGAUGCAAGAAUACUUGCUGUCGAACGCCUCCGUGGAUUGAUUUGCCACGUUUCAGGAAUUGGUUUGAUAACCAUCCGUGCCGAGCUUUUGGAAGAGGUUAUCCCUGACGAGCAUUGCGAUCUCAGAGUAAAAGUGGUGUUUGGCCUUCUUUGUUGCCAUGAUUUUCCAAGAGAUCGUAUAUUACUUUUAUCGAACAUUCCUAAAAUAUGGAUCCUGUCGUCUUCUUUGGAUGAACGUUUGGAGCAAUUAGGAUAUGAUAUUUCUCCAAAGCAAAUUGCUGUUGAAAAGCAUGCUCCGUGGAUACAGAAUCUUAUGGCAAUGGUUGAUGAGUUGGUCGAUGAUGCCGGUGAGAUGAUCAGUCGUCCAAAUGUUUCCUUUCCUUUGGCAAAUGAGAUCAAAGCUCCUGGAAGACCUAAGCACGCCAAAAGAAAAACUGCUCUCCCAAAGGACUUUGUCCGUCACAAGCACAGACAUCUCCUAAAAGAUAUUACAAGAAGGCAUUAUAGAUGUGAUGAAGGAACUCUUAGAGGAGAAGCCUCUAAAAAAAACCAUUUCCGAUGGCAUUACACCAUGUACAUGCGUGCCACUGGACAACAAUCAAAGUUAAGCCUCAUGUACAUCGGUCCUGGCCUGAGUUUUAGAAAACACAAUUGCACCCCGUCUGUCUUUAAUUUUAACGUUAUAUAUAGGGCACAGGCGCAAGUAUUACUGCUUGCAAACGAAUUGAAAAAAAAAUGGUUAUUAUUUCUUGGAGUACAAAAUUUCUGCGUUAAGAAGCAAUCUGAUAAAGAUAAUUUGAGACGAAUUGAUUAUAUUUCGCUUAAAAAAAAUAAGAUAAAACCAAGUGUUCGUAAUACGGUCUCUUCCAUCAAGAAUAAUCUUAUUUUCAGUCCAAUUGGCAACGGGCAAAGGUUUGGAAAUCAGUGUCGCCUGAACUUUUUUUCAUCCUCGUUCUCAAAGAGCAAAGCAUUUAGUAUAUUUUUAAAACUAUAA